UUCCUUCUUCUAAUAGGAUGGUUAUCGUGUGUCCUUCAUGACUGAGCUGCGAUUGUUAUUUGCCUUAAUGCUUGGGAGUAAAAGAAAAUAUGUGGAUCCAACCAAAGCUGUACAGAUACUAAAGGAAGCUCUCAAAUAUAACGGGAGUGAAAGCAAUCCAGGAAACCAACAGGAUGUCAGUGAGUUCACCCAUAAGCUGCUUGAAUGGCUGGAAGACUCAUUUAAAGUUAGCCACAACAGCGGUACUGACGGCACUCCAGUUAGGAACGGUAAAGACCUAAAUCCUGUGGUCGAAUUGUUUUUCGGCGAGUCUAAUGUUGAAGGUGUCUACGAGGGUAAGACCUUCAGCAAGAAAGAAACAUUUGGAGCGUUUCCCCUGCAAGUUCAAGGAUAUGGUGAACUUCAUGACAGCUUAGAAGGAGCCAUGGCUCAAGUAGAGAUUGAACCAGUGGGUCCUGAGGGAUCACAAAAGUCUGGACAGGAGCACUGGUUCACUCGCCUUCCUGUUGUACUCAAGUUCAUGCUCUCCAGGUUCCUAUUUAAUCAAUCGACAGGCAGAGCAGAAAAAAUACACGAGAGAUUUUUUUUCGACCGUGUCAUCUUCAUGGACCGGUACAUGGAGCCUAACAAGGAAAUAACGAGAACCUACAGAGAAGAGGUGAAGAAAUUGAAAGACCGAAGAGCCAAGCUUAAAGGCAGCCUUGAAAAGUAUCUCAAGUAUGGUCAAGGGUCUAGACGUUGUGCUAUCCAAGAAGUUCUAGACAGCGCUCUAUCGUUCGUUCAAAGCACUCCCCCAUCAAGCGAUGAACUCGAUUCCGAUGUUGAUGUUGAUAUGAAAACUCCUCUGUCUGGCUCACCCACACCCAUGAGCACCACGGGAAUGGUAACAGACGCACACUCACCUACCUCCUCUCCAUGCCCUUUGUCCGAUGUACGGUGGACCCCUGCGCCUCGUCACGUGACAGAAACGGAAGUGGCUGUGCUGGAGGGCUGUUUGAGGCGGUGGAAGCAAGAGAUGGAACAGGAUGUUAAAGAUCUAAACACCCACCUUCGAGAAACCGAAGACGCCAUUUCCAAUAUAUAUGACGAUGCAAGUCUCAAGAAGUUACCUUACCGUCUUCACGCAGUCCUUGUCCACGAGGGUCAAGCUUCAGGCGGCCAUUACUGGGCCUACAUUCAAGAUCCCAGUCAACAGAGAUGGUGUAAGUUCAAUGACAUUACAGUCAGUGAAGUCACGUGGGAAGAGGUAUCCCGUGAGUCUCUCGGUAACUAUCGUCACGUGAGUGCGUACUGCCUCAUGUAUAUUGACGCUCGUCGUGAGGGUUGCAUCGGCGCCGGUGGUAGUAUACAGGAGUUGCCAUUGGACUUGAAGGAGCUUGUCGAUAAAGAUAACGCAGAGUUCGAAAACGAGAUGAGAGAUUGGGACGAGAAACAACUCGCUAAAACGGAGAACCAAUGUAAAGCGAUAGUUCCCAGACCAGACGUUGUUAUUGAAACUGAGUCCAGUACACAGACUCGUGACACAGAAAAUGAAGAGAACACCGAGCUGAACUCACUAGCCGAGGCUGCAAGGAGCUUGGGCGUAGAGGAAGCACUUACAAAGUGGUGCAUUGAACAAAGGACCAAUCUGGAGAAGAUAUCGCGAGAAUACUCACCAGACCACCCUGGGGAUGUGCGCCUGGAGCAUUUUGCAAUUUAUUUAAUGAAGUGUAAAGCCCCAGACAAGGCAAUCCAUUUGGCCAUACUGGAACAAAUUGUGGAUGAUAUCAAGACACAGGAGGAGGAUACGCUCCUUUUGGUAAAACAGUGGGGGCAGAACAGAUUGAACGCAGAGAGAGAAGGAGCAAAUAUUGCAUUCCAGGGUUGGAAAGAGAAGUACAGCCAAUUCCAAAAAGUGAAUACUUGUUUCCUGACGGGUCUUGAGCAUCUACACAAUUCGAAAUUUCGUGAAGCAUUACCUUAUUUGGUACACGCCUAUACAUUGAAUUCUAAGCUUCUCAAUCCAGGCUCUCCCGGCCAAGCCAUGGACGAGAAACUGCUGGCCCACUACCGGCGCGUUUGCUUUCUUCGUUUGAAUGAGUUGGCAGUACGGAUGUUUGAGGGUACCGAUUGGAAAUCGGCAUGCGCGGGUCUGGAGUUAGUCAGCGAACUGGUGGUGCCAUGUAUACCACGACUCAUUGCUUCACUCGAUGCUGACGAUGCAGCAGCUGUGGAGCAGGUCAGAAGCUGUUGGUGUAACUUCUUGGGAUUACCUCUUGAUGAUCGCCAUCGUGUAAAACUCGAAGAAUACCUUCCAAAGCUUCUUGAUGUUACAAGUGAAUCUUGCUCUGAAAUCAAAGCACCACCGAUUCUUCGACCAGUAAGCUCACGUGACCUCUGCGAUAGAUUUGUCCGGGCGAUGGAAUUAGUGCACGCCAAUCCCAAUGCUUUUACGACGUAACGAAGCAGAGCCGAACACGAACCGAAGCUCAUGGAGACCUUCCCUUCCUCGCCGAACAAUAUCGCUCACGUUCUUCUCUUUUCGAGCAAAACAAAUAAACAUUUCCGUCCAUUUCUCUCAAUGGAAUACUGCAACAGCCUGGUAAAAAGUUUCAAUUCUUCAAAGCGUUCGGAUGUUUCUGUACAUACAACAUGAAUAAAUAAACUGCGUUGUAUUUAAGAAUUUCAAGCUAAGUUCAUUUGUUGGAUUAAAUAAAUGACUACGGACUUUA